AUGGCUUUGCAAACGACGAAAACAUGGGAGACGCUGAUGCAACUGCUGCCCUCGCGCAAUCAUGAUCAGGACUUCUGGUGGAAGGUGACAGGGCGUCAGCUAGCUGUGUUGUUGGAGGCGGCUGGCUACCCUAUUGAGAGACAGUACAACACUCUUUUGUUCCACUAUCAUUGGGCGAUUCCAUACCUGGGACCAGCUCCUGCAAGUGGUGUGGCAGCCAAAUGGCCGUCACAGCUGUCCGUCGACGGGUCUCCAAUUGAGUACUCGUGGAAAUGGAACACCAAGACCAAGGCGCCUGACGUACGGUAUACUAUGGAACCCAUGAGCGAGUUCACAGGCACAAAGCUGGACCCGCUCAACCAGCUCGCCUUCCGCGAGUUGCUACACAAACUCAGCCAGUUUGUGCCGGGCGUCGAUCUUGCCCCGACGGACUACUUCAUGUCUACCCUGUUCGACCAUGAUAGGUCAGUGUUGAUGAAAGCAGUCGACGAUGGUGUGCCGUUGCAAUUCUCCAGUACCGCUCUUGCAUUCGAGUUUCUGAGCAAGGGUCUGUUGCUCAAGACAUACUACGCGCCGCGCAAGCUGGAGACGGGUCACUUUACACUGGCGGACUGGGACAAGGCUAUCCGCGGCUAUUACCCCGAGAGCAAGGCGCUGGAUGUCGUCUAUGAGUUCCUGAAGACAAGCCAUGAGGGCAAGCUCCUGAACCCAUACCAUCUGGCCGUCGACAACAUCAAGGGCGGCCGUCUCAAGUUCUAUUUCCAGUCGCCCCACCGCACCUUCACAUCCGUCCGCGAGAUCUUGUCGAUUGGCGGACGCGUCUACCGCGAAGGCCUGGAGGCACAAUUCCUCGCUCUCCGCGACCUCCUCAACGCCAUAACCGGCCAGUCGCCCGACUUCCCCGAAGAUGGAGAGCCACCCAUCGUCGAGGAAGAUGUCACCGGCGAUAUGGACACAGACGGCCAUCCGGAGCUAAUGUCCGGAUACUUAUACUACUUCGACAUUGCCCCCGGUGCGACCCUGCCCGAGAUCCGCUUCUACAUUCCCAUCCGUCGAUACUGCAAGAGCGAUCUCGACCUGGCGAAGGCGCUCACGGGCUGGAUGGAAGCGCACGGCCGAGGCGCGUACUGCCAGCAGUAUCUGGACUUGGCCUACAGUCUGGCCGAACACCGGGAUUUGGCAAAGGAUCGGGGCCUGCAGCGGUACAUCGCUUGUUUGUUGGCGAAGAAUGGGGAGAUUGAGGUGACGACGUAUUUGGCUCCGGAGACGUAUGAGCAGGUUAGGCGUGCGCAGAAAUCUGUGGUGUAA